CUUGCUGUGUGUAAUGAUAAGUGUCAUCCAGGCUACAGUAAAAAAAAGAUAGAGGGGAAGCCAUUUUGUUGCUAUGAUUGUACUCCAUGUCCAUAUGGGAUGAUUUCAGACCAAACCGAUAUGGAUGAUUGCUUCAAAUGCCCAGAAGAUCAAUUUCCAAACAAAGAUCAAGCUCAAUGUAUUUCAAAGUUUCUAAAUUUUCUCUCAUUCUCAGAUCCAUUGGGAAUCACCUUAGCUUUCUUAGCUCUGUCUUUUUCUCUGAUCACAGCUUUGGUGCUUGGAGUCUUCACUAAGCAUCGAGACACUCCCAUUGUCAAAGCCAACAAUCGAGACCUCACCUAUUAUCUACUAAUUUCUCUAUUUCUCUGUUUCCUCUGCCCCUUGCUAUUCAUUGGCUGGCCUAACAUAGCGACUUGCUUUACACAACAAGUGGCUUUUGGCAUCAUCUUCUCGGUGGCUGUUUCUUGUGUUUUGGCCAAAACCAUCACUGUAGUUUUAGCUUUCAUGGCCACCAAACCAGGGUCCAGGAUGAGGAAAUGGGUGGGGAAAAGACAAGCUAAUUAUUUUAUUCUUACUUGUUCCUCUAUUCAAGCCAGUAUUUGUGCUGUAUGGCUCUGUACUGCUCCUCCAUUUCCACAUUUUAACAUGCACUCUCUAGCUAAAGAAAUCAUAGUGCAAUGCAAGGAAGGGUCUGCCACUAUGUUUUAUUGUGUUCUGGGCUACCUGGGAUUUCUGGCCAUUGUCAGCUUCACUGUGGCUUUCCAGGCCAGGAAGUUGCCAGACAGUUUCAAUGAGGCGAGGUUCAUCACUUUCAGCAUGUUAGUGUUUUGUAGUGUUUGGUUGUCCUUUGUUCCAUCUUACGUGAGCACCAAGGGGAAAUACAUGGUGGCUGUGGAGAUCUUCUGUAUCUUAGUCUCCAGUGCUGGAUUACUUGCAUGUAUCUUUUUUCCCAAAUGCUACAUCAUUAUCCUGAGGCCUGACUUGAACAGCAAAGAACAGUUAAUUUGGAGAAAAUCAUAA